AGAAGGUGUGGAGAUUUCGGUGCAUGUUUGCGUUGAAGGAAAUUUGUCGUAAGUUCCACCGAUAUGGCUUCAUCUCCCGACACAGCUCCGGCGGCGGUGGAGGGCGAUUCCGGCACAUUUCCGCCAACAGAAUCCUCCCAAGAGCUAGUGCCACCUCCCGAUCCUUCCUCCCCGAAGCCGGAAUCUCCACCACCACCAACGACGUCCGAACCGCCAGCAUCAUCUCCUCCUCCGCCUCCAGACGAGCCUUCCCCUUCUCCUCCACCACCUCCGGACGAGCCUUCCCCUUCCCCUCCGCCACCAGAUUCACCGCCACCAACCACAUCUCCUUCACCUCCACCUCCACAAAAUCAACCCCCACCCCCACCACCCGAUGCAUUCCCGCCCCCACCCCCCGACGUAGCCGCCUCGCCGCCCCCUCCACCGUCAAAUAACUCAUCCGCCCCGGCUCCACCGAACUCCGCCCCUCCACCCCCGAUAACCGUUUCCCCUCCGACACCGGCCGCCCUUUCGCCGCCUCCACCACGAGCCGGUGGUGCGCAAACACCUCCAUCUUCAAUUUCUCCUCCUCCUCCUCAUCCUCCACCAGCAGCACCCGCUAAUAGGGGCACCGAUUCUUCAUCGUCGGGCUCGAACGAUGCUUCGUCUCAGACUCAAUCCCAUGAUUCAAACACGAGUUCGGCCAUCAUCGCCGGAAUUGUCGCCGGAGGAGUGCUGGUUCUUGCAUUAAUCAUUUUCUUUCUAAUAUGUUCGAGGAAGAAAAAGAAACCUCGAUAUUAUAUGGAUCCCAUACAGCCCCCUAAAGGUAUACCCAUGCAACUUUAG